GGCCCGUCUGCUCCCUGGACUCGCCCACCAAGCCUGGCCCUCGGCCUCUUUAGUCCUGGGCUGGGAGAAAGUGCGGACCCGCGAGGUCAGGGAUUAAGAAUCAUGAUGCAUGAAGCAAGGGACAGGCAGAAGUUCUUCAGUGACGUUCAGUAUCUACGGGACAUGCAGCAUAAAAUGGACUUCGAGUAUCAGGCUUGUUUGAGACGACAGGAAAAUAGAAGAGACGAGAAGAAACGAGAUCAGUUUUGUGGCCAAGAGACAGGUUCUGAGAGAUCCCUGUUUUCAAGCAAGGCAUCUUCAAAACAGCAGAGUUCUGGUGGGGAAGAGUCUCUAACUGAACCAAGACCAUCAAGCAGGAAAUCUGAGAUUAAGUGUGAUUCCAAACUUCCAGCAAUUGACCAAACACCAGUCAAGCAGAAACAUAAAAGUACUAUGAGUCCAAGGAAACCAGAGCAAGUGGGCCCCAGCAAAACCUCUCCAGAAGCACCAAAAAUUUUAUCAAGGAAGGGGAGACCAUACCUUGGGAGAUUGACAGUCAGCCCAGAAAUGCACAGUUUAAGAGCAGCUGAGGACAGAAGUAGACAGAAGUGGCAGCCACCAGCAAAGGCACCAACUCGCUGGGGACCAGAUGAUCCAGUAGUUCACCAAGAAGACUCAAUGUGGGCAAUCAAAACAAAGCUGAAGAGGACAACUCAAGAGAAAAGAAAUUUCAUUUCAUCCUCACAGCUGAUGAGGACAGCUGAGAACCCCGCUGAAGGAACCAAACAAGUAGACCAAAAUGCUCUUUCCCUGAAUGAGCCAUAUUCUGCCCUAUCUCAGACCUUCCAAAGAAUGAGGAAUCCUCAAGUGUUGAGUGGGUCCUUGGGGCCACCACUCACAUCCACCACCAUGGGAGGGCCAAGAAAGACACCAUUUAGGUUCCAAGACAAAGAAUUUUAUUCCAUGUUAUCACUGAACACUGAAGGAGAAAAUAAUAACAUUGGAGAAGAAACCUACACGGAAGAAGAAAUUCUGUUGGUUGGUAUGCAGUCUCCCUGUUCUCCUUCCAAUUAUAAACCAAGUACAUUUCUUGGGACAUCUGCCACUUAUGCCAAAAAUAAAAAUUUUGAAGAAAAUGAUGAACACUGCAGAGGUAAUUCUUUAAGAAGCAAGCCCAAUGGGGGCUCAUUAAGAAUAAGCAAUACAAUGGAGCCAGUGACAAAGCAGUUUUCUGUCGGGCAAAGGAUGCUCCAAGACUGGCCUGAUGGGCAGUCUGCUGAAGAAAACAAUCGUAGAAACAGUGGAAAUGAGAAAAACACCUUUGAUUCAUGCCACACCAAAUCCAAUUCCAACCCAGACAAUGAUCUCAAUGAUGAAAAUGUUUCUGGUGAUUGCAUUUCUGUGCAUGAUGGGCCUGGUAUCUGUGACUACGAAAGAGAUUGCCAAGACUAUUUAAGUGAUUCCAGAAAUUCUCCAAACUAUUUAAUUUCUGAUAGACCAACAGCUCCAAGAUCCUCAAUGAAUUCCUCUUAUAAUGCUCUUGGAUCAUUAAUGCAUAUUGCUCUGAGUGAUCAUGUUCCAACAGACUUGUCAGCGUCAUCUACUUUGGGUCAUCCUUUAGAUCCAAGGUUCGGUGUUUGCCAGCAACUGCCUCCUAUUAGAAGUAGGAGUCCAUCUGCCAAUACUGAAAACCACAAUUAUUUUCCAGGAAACAGUGCACGUGAAUUUGGUGUCAGGAGAGCAGAGGGCAUUACUCUGCCAAGCCAACCUCAGGGAGCUCCAUUAUAUGCAGAUCUCUUACUAAAUCCUCAAGGCAGCGGGUCCCCAGUGGAUUCUCCUCCUUCAUCUCUACCCAGAGGGAACUUACAAGGUCACUGGCAUGUGCUUGGGUCCCUGCGAGAAAAUGUACCUUUCACUUUCUUGGUAAUAUCUGAAUUUCCAAAUCAAAAUGAUAAUACGGACUGCACAUCUGUCUCUGGUUUCACAAAUGGAAAGGGGGCCCCUGAGAAAAAGGCAGACCCUGAGAAACUCAAAAGAUUGCAAGAAAGUCUCCUGGAGGAGGACUCAGAGGAGGAGGGAGACUUGUGUCGCAUCUGUCAGAUAGCUGGGGGUUCCCCAACCAACCCCCUCCUGGAGCCUUGCAGCUGUGUGGGAAGCCUGCGAUUUGUUCACCAAAAGUGCCUGAAAAAGUGGCUGAAAGUGAAAAUAACAUCAGGAGCAGAUCUAAAUGCUGUGCAGACCUGUGAGAUGUGUAAGCAAGUCCUGCUGGUCAACCUGGAUGACUUUAACUUGACAGACUUCUACCAAAAACACCAGCAAUCACGGGCACAAAGUGAGCUGAUGAAUUCAGGCUUGUACCUGAUGCUGCUGCUUCGCCUGUAUGAACAGAGGUUUGCAGAACUCAUGAGCCUUGACUAUAGGCGGAUAGUGAGAGAAAGGUUGUCAAGAAAUCACCCGCAAGCCAGACCAGAAGAAAAUGAAAAUUCCGAGUUGGGAGAUGGAAAUGAAAGCAGAAUUUAUCCCAGCCGGAUCGUCUAGCAAGGGAACUGACAUGGAGCCCAGUGGAGAUCUCUCCACCCAGCCGUCCUUUCUCUGUCCUCACAUGCCUCCCUUCUCCCUCCUCUUUACUGAAACUGAAACCACCGUAUUCACCGUCAUCAUUCACACUUUGUGUCCCUCUUUUGGGUCUGGCUUGGCAUCCACAUGCAACAAUGGGGACCAGUCUAGACCCCCAACAGCACAGGUCCAGUUGCCUGGGCUGUUGAGCUGGCUGCAGGCUGCCCACUGCUGCCCCUCAACCCAGAAGGGCCCAGGAAUCUGGGAGCACUGAAAGGCCCAGCAGCCUUGGGUCCCCCUGUGGAGGGCACCUGCUCAGUGCUGGUGCCGUGCAGUCAGUAAACUGGCUUUG